AUGUAUGGUCAUGGUGAUCACGUAAACGAAAUGCGCACGGAUCCCAAUAACUCUAUGAUUUUCGCGUCCGUUUCUAAAGAUACCACGAUAAGAUUGUGGAAUAUUAGAGUCCAUGGACCAAUUGCAAUUUUAGGGGGAUACGAAGGGCACAAGGAUCAAGUACUCUCACUUGUAAGUACUGACAAACUUCAAGAGCGCAUUCGUGACAGCAUGACGCUUAAAGGCCAGGUCAAUUUUCGGAAGGAAUUAGCUGACGAUUGCCAGUCAGGGAGAACUAUUCAAAUACAUUACCCUAUUGCCAUCAAUACUGAUCUCCAUAAUGACUAUGUCGAUUGCGUUCGCUUUCUUGGCCAUUAUGGGUCUGAUAUGUCAGUAGUCAUCUUCAGGUUUGGUUCCUUUGGAGAGGAAUUUUAUAAGAUUAGACCAAAACUUCAGAUGUCUUUUCAACCCAAUAUCCUAGAGUAUGCUUUUGUGGUGACAACUGCUAGUUCAACCCGACAGCCAAGUUCGUCAUUGAGAGUAAAGUACGCUUCUGGUGAUCAUAUUCGUACUACCGCUCUCCCAAUGACUGUCGCAAGAUUCGCAGAAAUGGUCGAGGAUGAAGCCGACAUCGUUUCGUACAUAAGGGAACAUGCACAGUUCAAUAUGACAACCGGUCAGAACGACUUCUACUACUCGAACAAAUACGAGGAUGACGAGUAUGAAUACAGACAUGUCCACGUGACCAAGGAAGUGGCUAAGUUAAUACCAAAGAAUCGCCUUAUGUCGGAAACUGAGUGGCGGAGUCUGGGAAUUCAGCAGUCGCCUGGUUGGGUCCACUAUAUGAUCCAUGGUCCUGAACGACAUGUGCUGCUCUUCCGUCGUCCCUUACAAAACAAAAAUAACGUUGCUGGAAAGAGCACGGCACAAGCUCAGGUGAAAACAGUGUAA